AUGACACGAAUCACUAUCAUAGGCGCGGGACUCUAUGGCGCUUUUGCUGCAAAGAAGCUAUCAAAAGUUCCUGGAUUAGAGAUCACCUUGAUCUCGAAAAAAAAUUAUAUCAACUUCGUCCCUUCAGUUCCAAGAAACUUUGUUACCCAGAACCUGGAUGGAUACUCUAGAACUCUCGAAGAGAUCUUCGGCGACUCAAUCACGCUAAUAUAUGACGAGGCUGUCAGCUUUGAUGAUAAAAAAGUGACCACGCGCAAAAACGGAGAUGUUGCUUUUGACGUUCUAAUUGUUGCCACGGGCUCAAUUCUCAGCCACGAAUUUGAGCUACCGAACACCGUGGAUUCUGCAGUUGAGCAUUUCAAGAAGGAGUUCGAACAGGUAGAGCGUGCAAAGAACAUCACCGUUAUCGGUGGCGGAAUUUCGGGCUGCGAGCUCGUGGGAGAGCUGGCCCAUAAAUUCAAGGACGAAAUAGCGAAGGGCGAGAAAAGAAUUAAUUUAAUACACUCCAACUCGAACGUCUUGUCGGACCAUGAAAUUAACUCAGUUAGACAGAGCGUCAAGUACCAGCUAGAAGGCAUGAAUGUCAAGCUCUACCUUGGUCAGAAGGCGACUUUGGACGGAGAUAAGGUUUAUGCUGGAUCUGAGGAAGUCCCCACCGACCAUAUUAUAUGGACCACGGGAGUCAAGCCAAACACGCCAGACUCUCCGCUUGAAGGACUUAAGAACGAGAAGGGUGAAAUCAAAGUCAAACCAACGUUCCAGACAGUGGCCAGCCCUAAUAUAUUUGCAAUCGGAGAUUGUGUUGAUUUCGUCAUCAAGGCAGUGGCUCCACUGAAAAAGUGGAAUUCUGUUUUGGUGGACAACGUGAUAGCCUACGUCCAGGACAAACCGCUUACCAAGCAGGUUGUGCCUCCUACUAACACCGACAAGCCUACAUGUGGUGUCAGCCUGGGUCCGGAACACGCAGCAGGUCAAAUAGCCACGCCUUUCGGCACUUUCUCGUUGCCUGCAUUUCUGAUUGUGCAAGCCAAGUCCAAGACUAUGUUCAAGGGGAGGUUGAGCGAGAUCUAA